GAGAAAAAUGGUAAAAUCAAGAAAAUGAGAGAGAUGCCGACAUUUCGUCUCUCCCUCCCAAAUUCCCAACACUACUUUCCAAGCCUUCAACUUUCGCUCCUCCGUCAACACGAUCACGGGACCAUCUCAUUCUAUUCCCGUCUUUCUUUUCAUCCCCUCUCUCUCUCUUUCUUAUCUGAUCGAUACCCAAAAAAAAAAUUAAAAAAAUUUAUCAUCUUUGAUAUACCCAUCGCAUAUCAAACGGAAAUCUGUCUGAUUCUUGAUUUUCUCCAAAUCUCGUGAACGAGGAUUCAAAUGGAUUCUGAUUUUUGGGCAACUCGCCUCGCCGCCGCCAAGAGGCAAUUCACGAUGCAGCACCGCCAUCAUCAAGCGUCCCAUCUAGAUCGGUUGAAUAUUGAUGAUUUCGAGGUUGAAGAGGAUGUCCGACAUGAUUUCAUUUGCCCUUAUUGCUACGAGGACUUUGAUAUUGUCUCUCUUUGCUCUCAUCUUGAAGAUGAUCAUUCUUGCGAGUCCAAAGUCGCUUUAUGCCCUAUAUGUUCUGCAGUGGCUAGAGACAUGUUGAGCCAUAUUACACUUCAACAUGGGAGCUUGUUUAAGUUGCAGAGACGUCGUAGAUUACGCAGCAGGGUAGCAAUUCCGAAUACUCAAACAACAGCUUUCUCUCUUCUUGGAAGAGACUUAAGGGAUGCACAUUUGCAGGUUCUUCUUGGAGGUGGUGGCUCUGCUUAUAGAUCGUCUUCAUCCUCUACCAUUAACACGACAACCACAGCUGCUGCUGAUCCUCUCCUUUCUUCCUUGAUUUUGAAUUUCCCUCCUCCUUCAGAAUCCGAAGCAGAAGAUAUUCCAACUUCGUCCAUUCUUUCUAGUGUAGAUGACAAUCCUAAGAAGCAGCCUUUACCUCAUAUAUGGAAAUCAAGUUUUGAUUCAACAUUAAGUGAGGAAGAAAGGGAAAAGAGGAGGAAGCAGGCUGCUGUAAGAGUGGAUUUUGUACAGGAUCUGCUUGCAUCUACUCUAUUAGGCGAGUCGUCGUAAAGACACGAAAUAUUUGGAUCGAAAUCGUAGCGGUUAUUAUAAAUUGGUUUGGUCUCAUUCAGUGAACACACAACCUUAAAACAAAUAUAGUUUCAAUGAAAGGAAAUGACUGAAUGGUGAAUCAUUAUUUAAUUGUUCAUGCUUUUACUAAGGACUUGUUAAUUUGUUGUCAUUUGAUUCCAAAGAGAAUCUCACAUAUUAGUGGUAUUUUUGUAAUAACCUUAACAAAGGUAACCAUCUUUCUAAACAUUAUUUUUCUUUUUAUCCUUUCAA